UUUAAGUACUUACACUGAUAUACCGAGUACUAAUUCAAUAAAUAAUAAUAAUAAUAAUGUUAACAAUAAUAAUAACAGUAAUAAUCCGAAUCAACCAAUAACGUUACAAAUAAAUAAUCUUGAUUAUUCUCUUGAGGAACAACAUUUACGCGGUUUUCUUGUAAACCAGUUAAAACCAAUAACACCGGUGAUUUCUUUAAUAUUUGAAGGAAGCUCUUGUGCCAAGGUUACUGUUCCUGAUUUAUAUUACGCUAAACUGGUAGUAUCGACUUUGCAUAGAAAAAAAAUUGGUUAUAAAAGAGUUGUUGUAUCAUAUACAAGAGAUUCUUCAACAACUGAAAUUUCAACAUUACGGUGUCAAGUAGCAGGACUACUAAAGGAUGUUCCCUACUGUACUUUACCAAUGUAUAGAUUUCGUGAACUUUUUCAAUCACGUUUCAAAACAUCAAUCAGUAUAUUGGAUUUAUAUAAAAUGCAAGAUAUUUGUAAUAUUACAACUGAUAAAAAUGAUGAUAAACAUAUAAGUUUAAAUACAGAAUUAAUCAAUUCAAUUGAAAAUAAUGCUUUAAUGGAAGGUUUACAAGAGAGUGUACCAUAUUGUUCAAUACAUUUUCACAAGGAACAACAUAAAGGAUGGGCUGAACAAGAAAUUGAACCAUUACCAAAUGUAUUUAUGACAAUUUCUGAAAUAAGACAAAUUAUAUGUCCAUUAUUAAAAUCACAUACGGGUGAUAUACCAGUUGCCAGUUUAGUUUAUUGUAUUGCUGGUGAACUUGGAAUACAAAUUAAUCGAAAUGAAAAUGGAGUCAAUUUAGAACACUUAAUUUGUUGUAUUAAUGGUGUACAAACAUCAAUUAAUAAUUUUGGUAUAAAAGUAUUAGGAUGGUUAGUACCAGAAAAUGUUGUUGGUAAAGAAAAUAGUGAUCGUUUUAUUAAAAAUAAUUCACCAAGUGAUCCUUUGUAUCAAAUAUCAAAAGAAGUUAUAGAAUUAAUUAAAAUGUCACCAAAAUCAACAAUGAAAUUUAAUCGUUUUAUACCAGCAUAUCAUAAUCAUUUUGGUAAACAGUGCCGUGUUGCUGAUUAUGGUUAUACUAAAUUGAUUGAAUUAUUUGAAGCAUUAUCAUCAGUUGUUCAGAUAAUGGGCGAUGGUGAAAAUCGUCAAAUUACACUCACACAUCGUAUACAAAUAAGGCGUUUUACAACAGAUCUAUUACGAAUUAUCAGAUCCCAGGGAAAUAAAUCAAUUCUCUUAUCUCAAUUACCAGAAAUUUUUGCUCAAACUCAAAAUCGUAUUUUUGAUAUAACAGAUUAUGGAGUAUGCGCUAUUGAGGAUAUUUUGGAUGGACUAGCAAAUUCUAAUAUAAUUGUUGUAACACCAAUACAAAAUGGUAAUGACAUUUUAAUUUCUAUCCCAAAAAGGAAGCAAACAAUAUUAGAAAUUGAAAAAACUUGCGUUUUUGCUGGAGAAGUUGUUGAUUUGUUAUGUAAUGCGCCGCAAUAUUCUAUAUUAUUUCAAAAAUUUGUUCGUUCAUAUCAUUAUCAUUUUGGUUAUCAAUGCCGUUUAAGUGAUUAUGGAUUUUUAAAAUUAGCUGAUCUUAUGGAAGCCAUCCAAGGAGUUGUAGAAAUUGAAAUAACAAAUGAUGAAGAUAAAAAGAUUUUUUUGUCUCCAAAAGUAGCAAGACGAGUUUUUGCUGAACAAUUAGAAGAACUAAUUAAAGUGAAUUCAGGAGCUCCAAAUACAUGCAUGAAACUAGAUGAUGUUUUAUUGUUCCAUAAAAAGAAAUACGGAUAUCAGAUUCAAAGUCAAACCUUAGGGUUUGCAAAUAUAUUCGAUGCUAUUAGAGAGUUACCAUAUAUUGAGAUAAUUGAAAUCGAAAGCCAAUUAUGGAUUGUAUGCCAUUUAAAUGAUGCUAAUUUUCGCGAUCAAACCUAUAGAAUUUGCAAGAUAAUACUAAAUUCAGAACCAAAUGAUAUUUCUUUAAACGAAUUACUGAACUUAUAUUACGCGACCUACAACGAAAUUAUUACCGAAAAUUCAUUAUUAGCAAUGAAAUAUGCCAUAGAAAUUAAAAUGGAUAAAGGUACAACUUUGGUUAUUUUAACACGUUUAAUGAGGUAUAUUAUGAAAGUUGUUAAAGUAAUUGAUCAAUAUAAAACAUUAACAUUGGGUGAAAUAAAGAAAUAUUUGAGUAUAACUUUAGGCGAUUGUUUUAAAAUUGGUUACCCCAACAUUACAUCUUUUAUUCGGGCAUUUCCUGAUAUUUUCAAUUUCGAACUGAACAGUUUAGUUGAUCGUAGUAAUAUAUCUCUUGUUUCAACAUGCCCUUUGACUUCAAACAGCCCAGUCAAUAAUUCUGUAACAACGCAAGUCAUGCAUAAUAUACCGUUAAUGAAGGAAAAUAUUUUAUCAAAUAAUAAUUAUAAUAAUAUUGAUAAUGAUAACAAAAAUAAUAAUUUAAUUUGUAUGAAAAAUUUCUUCGAAAAUGAAAAUGAGAAUAAAUAUUCAAAUUACAUAAAUUCUUAUAAAUUUAUUUCGACCGGAGAUAAAAACAAAUUACCGUCUGAAUCAACUGAUGAUCAAUACAAAUAUUCAGUUAAUUAUGAAAAUGAAUAUCAUAAAAGACAAUUUCUACAAUUACAAUCAGAUCAACAGCAACCAUUUAUUCAGUCACUUUAUGGAAAGGAUAAUUCAUUUAAUGUAUCAUUGAACUCUUCAAAUACUUCUAUUGAUUUAAAUUCAACUGCAACUAAUAUAAAUUUAAACAAAAAUGUGAAUAGUUUAAGUUUAAGUAAUGGCAGUGCCAAUAGCGUAACAAGCAGUUGUGAUGGAAUGAACUUUAGUGCUGAAGUUAAUUCAACAGAUAUUAACAACAAUGAUCCGUUUGGUGAUUUUCCACAACUAUGGACUAAUGGAAAUAUGGAUUAUUUUAAUGAUAAUCUAAAUUAUAGCAAGAAUGAUGAUAUUUUUGGAUUAUCAAAGAUUACAGAAAAAACUAAAAACAUUGAUAAUAAGUCUGAAUUGAAUAAUAAAGAAAAUGUCACUGAUCAUUCAGAGAUUCAUUCAUUUUGGGUUGAUCCAAUUUGGGGGAAUAAUAACAAGCAUUCUAAUUUAUCUCAUGAUCAAAAGAAUUCUACAAUUGAAGAAGAUCCAGCGAAAUUCAAUUUACUUGAAUUACAAGCGUAUAAUGUAAUUCAGCCAACAUUAGAAAAUUCAUUUCAACUAUCAAAAACAGAGAACAUGAAGAAAAAUAUGUUUUCACUUGAUAGUUCUGACGAAAAAACUUUCUUAGAACAAUAAAAAAAUAUGUAAAUAGAAAUAUUAAAUUUCAAUUAAAUUAAAAUUUUAAAUUAUCAAUUAAAGGAAAAAUUUGUUUUAAAAUAAAUAUUAAUAUUCAUUAAAAUUAUUAUAAUAACAAUUAAUUAACGUAGGUAUUGUUAAUUUUUAUAUUAUAAAUUUUAUAUUCUUUUUAUUCAUAUUUUUUUUGAAAAUAUUUUCCCUAACUAAACAAUAAUGUCGA